GAUUUUCUGAGUGCCUGCUAGUAACUGGAGGGAGGAAUUUUUGAAGGUCAGGAACUAGCUACUCUCCAAAUACAGCCUCAGUUCAACAUUGUUGCAGAGAGUACACAAUAUACCUUAGCCUUUGCUCCCACUUUUUACUGAAAUGCCCAUGGUGAAUUGUCGGACAAGUAACCGCAAGAGCUUGAUUGUGACCUCUAGCACAUCACCUACACUACCACGGCCACACUCACCACUCCAUGGCCACACAGGUAACAGUCCUUUGGACAGCCCCCGGAAUUUCUCUCCAAAUGCACCUGCUCAUUUUUCCUUUGUUCCCGCCCGUAGGACUGAUGGACGACGCUGGUCUUUGGCCUCUUUGCCUUCUUCAGGCUAUGGAACCAAUACUCCUAGCUCUACUGUCUCAUCAUCAUGCUCCUCACAGGAGAAGCUGCAUCAGUUGCCUUUCCAGCCUACAGCUGAUGAGCUGCACUUUUUGACGAAGCAUUUCAGCACAGAGAGUGUACCAGAUGAGGAAGGACGGCGGUCCCCAGCCAUGCGGCCCCGCUCCCGCAGCCUCAGUCCUGGACGAUCCCCCGUUUCCUUUGACAGUGAAAUUAUAAUGAUGAAUCAUGUGUACAAAGAAAGAUUUCCUAAGGCCACUGCACAAAUGGAAGAACGACUAGCAGAGUUCAUUUCCUCCAACACUCCAGACAGUGUGCUGCCCUUGGCAGACGGAGCCCUGAGCUUUAUUCAUCAUCAGGUGAUUGAGAUGGCCCGAGACUGCCUGGAUAAAUCUCGGAGUGGCCUCAUUACAUCACAUUACUUCUAUGAACUUCAAGAGAAUUUGGAGAAACUUCUGCAAGAUGCUCAUGAACGCUCAGAGAGCUCAGAGGUGGCUUUUGUGAUGCAGCUGGUGAAAAAGCUGAUGAUUGUCAUUGCCCGCCCAGCUCGUCUCCUGGAAUGCCUGGAGUUUGACCCUGAAGAGUUCUACCACCUGUUGGAAGCAGCUGAGGGUCACGCAAAAGAAGGACAAGGGAUUAAAUGUGACAUUCCUCGCUACAUCAUUAGCCAGCUGGGCCUCACACGGGAUCCGCUAGAGGAAAUGGCCCAGUUGAGCAGCUAUGACAGUCCUGACACUCCAGAGACAGAUGAUUCAGUUGAGGGCCGUGGGGCAUCUCUGCCUUCUAAAAAGACACCCUCUGAAGAGGACUUUGAAACCAUUAAGCUCAUCAGCAAUGGCGCCUAUGGGGCCGUGUUCCUGGUGCGGCACAAGUCCACCCGGCAGCGCUUUGCCAUGAAGAAGAUCAACAAGCAGAACCUGAUCCUACGGAACCAGAUCCAGCAGGCCUUCGUAGAGCGUGACAUACUGACGUUUGCUGAGAAUCCCUUUGUGGUCAGCAUGUUCUGCUCCUUUGAAACCAAACGCCACUUGUGCAUGGUGAUGGAGUAUGUUGAAGGGGGAGACUGUGCCACUCUGCUGAAGAACAUUGGGGCCCUGCCAGUGGACAUGGUACGUCUGUACUUUGCGGAAACCGUGCUAGCCCUGGAGUACUUACACAACUAUGGCAUCGUGCACCGGGACCUCAAGCCUGACAACCUCCUAAUUACAUCCAUGGGACACAUCAAGCUCACUGACUUUGGACUUUCCAAAAUUGGCCUCAUGAGUUUGACGACAAACUUGUACGAGGGUCACAUUGAAAAAGAUGCCCGGGAAUUCCUGGACAAGCAGGUGUGUGGGACCCCAGAGUACAUUGCGCCUGAGGUGAUCCUGCAUCAGGGCUAUGGGAAGCCAGUCGACUGGUGGGCCAUGGGCAUAAUCCUGUAUGAGUUCCUGGUGGGUUGCGUCCCUUUCUUUGGAGACACUCCAGAGGAGCUCUUUGGGCAAGUGAUCAGUGAUGAAAUUGUGUGGCCUGAGGGUGACGAUGCACUUCCCCCAGAUGCCCAGGACCUCACUUCCAAACUGCUCCACCAAAAUCCUCUGGAGAGACUGGGAACAGGUAGUGCCUACGAGGUGAAGCAGCACCCAUUCUUUAUGGGUCUGGACUGGACAGGACUUCUCCGCCAGAAAGCUGAAUUUAUUCCUCAACUGGAGUCUGAGGAUGAUACCAGCUACUUUGACACUCGUUCAGAGCGAUACCACCAUGUGGACUCAGAGGAUGAGGAAGAAGUGAGCGAGGAUGGCUGCCUAGAGAUCCGCCAGUUCUCUUCCUGCUCUCCAAGGUUCAGCAAGGUAUACAGCAGCAUGGAGCGGCUCUCAUUGCUCGAGGAGCACCGGACACCACCCCCCACCAAGCGCAGCCUGAGUGAGGAGAAGGAAGACCGCUCAGAUGGCCUGGCAGGGCUGAAGGGUCGAGACCGGAGCUGGGUGAUUGGCUCCCCUGAGAUAUUACGGAAACGACUGUCAGUGUCUGAGUCAUCCCACACAGAAAGUGAUUCAAGCCCUCCAAUGACGGUGCGACGUCGUUGCUCAGGCCUCCUGGAUGUGCCUCGGUUCCCUGAGGGCCCUGAGGAGACCAGCAGUACCCCCAGGAGGCAGCAGCAAGAGGGUAUAUGGCUCCUGACACCCCCAUCUGGAGAGGGGAUAUCUGGGCCUGUCCCUGAAAGGCCAGUGGAGCAGCGACUAAAGCUGAAUGAGGAACCUGUUGGCCAGAGCAGUGGCGGUCCAGCUAUGGAGACUCGAGGCCGUGGGACCCCACAGCUGGCUGAGGGAGCCACAGCCAAGGCCAUCAGUGACCUGGCUGUGCGUAGGGCUCGCCACCGGUUGCUCUCUGGAGAUUCUGUAGAGAAGCGCACCACUCGCCCUGUCAACAAAGUGAUCAAGUCCGCCUCAGCCACAGCCCUCUCCCUCCUCAUUCCUUCUGAACACCACAUCUGCUCUCCACUGGCCAGUCCCAUGUCCCCACAUUCCCAGUCGUCCAACCCAUCGUCCCGGGACUCUUCUCCGAGCAGGGACUUCUUACCAGCCCUUGGCAGCUUGAGGCCUCCCAUCACCAUCCACCGAGCUGGCAAGAAGUAUGGCUUCACCCUGCGGGCCAUCCGCGUCUACAUGGGUGACUCUGAUGUCUACACUGUGCACCACAUGGUGUGGCAUGUGGAGGAUGGAGGUCCAGCCAGUGAGGCAGGGCUUCGUCAGGGUGACCUCAUCACCCACGUCAAUGGGGAACCUGUGCAUGGGCUGGUGCACACGGAGGUGGUGGAGCUGAUCCUGAAGAGUGGAAACAAGGUGGCUAUUUCAACAACUCCUCUGGAGAACACGUCCAUUAAGGUAGGACCCGCUCGGAAGGGCAGCUACAAGGCCAAGAUGGCCCGAAGGAGCAAGCGGAGUCGGGGCAAGGAUGGGCAGGAAAGCAGAAAAAGGAGCUCCCUGUUCCGGAAGAUCACCAAGCAGGCGUCCCUGCUCCACACCAGCCGCAGCCUUUCUUCCCUGAACCGUUCCCUGUCAUCAGGGGAGAGUGGGCCGGGUUCUCCCACACACAGCCACAGCCUUUCUCCCCGAUCUCCUACUCAGGGCUACCGAGUGACCCCUGAUGCUGUGCAUUCAGUGGGAGGGAAUUCAUCACAGAGCAGCUCCCCCAGCUCCAGCGUGCCCAGUUCCCCAGCCGGCUCUGGGCACACACGGCCCAGCUCCCUCCAUGGUUUGGCACCCAAGCUCCAACGCCAGUACCGUUCUCCACGGCGCAAGUCAGCAGGCAGCAUCCCCCUGUCACCACUGGCCCACACCCCUUCUCCACCACCGCCAGCAGCUUCACCUCAGCGUUCCCCAUCACCCCUGUCUGGCCAUGGAGCCCAGGCCUUUCCCACCAAGCUUCAUUUGUCACCUCCCCUGGGCAGGCAACUCUCACGGCCCAAGAGUGCAGAGCCACCCCGUUCACCACUUCUUAAAAGGGUACAGUCAGCUGAAAAACUGGCAGCUGCACUUGCUGCUUCUGAGAAGAAGCUAGCCACUUCUCGCAAGCACAGUCUCGACCUGCCCCAUCCCGAGCUCAAGAAGGAACUGCCACCAAGGGAGGCCAGCCCUCUGGAGGACCGAGCUGAACGACGAGAGUCGCUCCAGAAGCAAGAAGCUAUCCGUGAGGUAGACUCCUCAGAGGAUGACACCGAUGAGGGGCCUGAGAACAGCCAGGGUGUACAGGAGCUGAGCUUGGCACCUAACCCAGAAGUGGUCCAGAAUCUGCCCCCGAGGGGAGCAGGAGAUGGUGGGGAAGAGGAUACCUUUUUGCCUGGAGACCCUAGGAGCCAGGGCCCAGUGGUGUCAGGCCUUUUGACAGGGAUCAUCCUGGGGCCUCCCAGAAUGGAAGGUUCCAAUAGCCCCCAGAGGAGACCCGGGAUCCCACAAACUUCUGAGAGGGCUGCCAGCUCCUCCCCACCAGCACCCAGCCUGGGUAGGUCUGGACCCACUGUCUCCAUCUCCCCUGAAGGCUGCUGGAAAGCCCAGCACUUCCACACCCAGGCACUAACAGCACUUUGUCCCAGCUCUUCAGGACUUACACCUACCAGUUGCUCUCCUGCUGCUUGCACCUCUGGGAAGCCAGACGUAUUGUCCUGGAAAUACCUUAUUGAGGGCCCAGACAGGGCAUCCCCAAACAGGAAGGCAACAAUGGCAGGUGGGCUGGCUAGCCGCCAAGACUUGGAAACCACAACUCCAGCCCACCCUAGGAACCUGUCUCCCAGACAGGAGGGGAAGACACAGCCACCGUGUGAAGUGCCCAGCCAAAGCUGGCUGUGGGAGCCUGGGUGUGCACAAGCAGAGAAAGAGGAUCUGGGCCUGAGCAUCACCAAAGUGCCUGAUGCCUCAGGCGACAGGAGGCCGGACGUUCCAUGCAGAGGCUACCCCCUCACCCAGGAGUCUGGACCCAGCCUGCUCUGGAGAGACCGAGAACCAGGGGGCCAUCAGAAGCAUCAGGACUUGGCAUUGGUGCCAGAUGAACUUCUAAAACAAACAUAGCAGUGUUCGCCAUUUCUUGCACCCAGACCUGUGUAAUACACGUUCCUGGGAACCA